AUGGAAACGAAUAACAGUAACACAUCGACGAGUAGUACAAGUUUAGCUGGCUCGUGUUCAGGUGAACGCUACUGGUUUGCUUUUCUUUUUUCAAGUUUAGCAACCUUUUUUAUCGGUGUUAUUGCUAUUCUUCUUUGGCGUGGCGGAGCUUUACUUUACAAACGUGGACCAAGUAUUCGUCAACGAUCCAAACGAUUAGUUGCCAAUGCCGAUAAACAAGAUUCACCUUAUGCAUUCGAUCCCAUGCACGAACGUAAUUGGGCAACAAUCAUCAAAGAAUAUGCAGCUAAAUUAAUAUCAGGACAACAAACACCAGGAAAAAUUCUCGUAAUUGCUGUUGUCGUGCUAAGUCUAGCAUCGCUGGUGAUUUAUUUCUAUGAUGUUAGUACGCAACCGAUCGAAUCUUGUCAACUCUGGUCGCAAAGUCCAACUCAACAGAUUGAUUUGGCUUUCAAUGUGUUCUUUCUUUUCUAUUUUUUCCUUCGAUUUGUUGCUGCACAAGAUAAACUUCGCUUUUGGUGUUUGGAUAUUCAUUCAUGGGUCGACUUUUUCACCAUUCCACCAUCAUUUACUGCGAUUGUUUUGGGACGUAAUUGGAUUGGAAUGCGAUUUUUUCGUAUCGCACGAAUUCUGAAUAUUCCAGAUAUUCUUCAAUUUUUACAUAUACUUCGCAGUAGUAAUUCAAUUCGUUUGACACGUAUGUUAUGUCUUCUGUUUACGGUUUGGUUAUCAGCAGCCGGAUUUGUCCAUCUGGUCGAGAAUUCGGGCGAUUUCUUUCAAAAUUACUCAAAUUCACAACCAAUCACUUAUUUUCAAUGUGUGUACUUUCUUAUCGUCACAAUGAGCACAGUUGGCUACGGCGACUACCAUCUAAGAACAACAGUUGGACAAUGUUUUAUAAUCUUCUUCAUAACAGGCGGUCUCGCACUUUUUGCUCGAGCGAUUCCCGAACUAGCCGAAAUGUUAUCAAAUAAAAAGAAAUAUGCAGGACAAUACCGAUUAGAAAAUGGCAAAAAAUUUGUCCUUGUCUGUGGUCACAUUACAUUUACAUCGAUGGAGAAUUUUCUUAAAGAUUUUCUACACGAAGAUCGAGUUAGUUCAGAUAGUUUCUAUGAUGCUGAUGUUCUUAUUGUUGAUAAAAAACAUUCAGUUGAUUUCGAAUUUCAAGCUCUAUUAAAACGACAUUUUACACGUGUGAUGUACUUCGAUGCUACCGUCAUGGACCCGGUCGAUUUAGAUCGAGUUAAAUUAAAAAGAACAGAAGCAGUGUUAAUCUUAGCGAAUAAAGACGCUAUUGAUCCUGAUGGCGAAGAUGCUAGCAACAUUAUGCGUGUCAUUAGUAUAAAAAAUUACCAUUCGGAAACGAAAAUUAUCGUCCAACUUUUACAAUAUCAUAACAAAAUGCACUUAAUGAAUAUUCCAGCAUGGAAUAAUAACACAGAUGAAGCUGUUUGUAUUGCUGAGUUGAAACUAGGUUUAAUUGCCGAAAGUUGUCUGAAUCCAGGCUUUUCAACGAUGAUUGCCAAUAUUUUUGCUAUGCGUUCAGAUACCGAGGUUGCUGGAAAAUUAACGGAAAAGGGUGCACCUGAUCGGUCGGUUUGGUUACAACAAUAUCUUCGCGGUGCAUCGUUGGAGAUGUACACGGAGACGUUAUCGAAUUAUUUUGUACAUGAUUUGAAGAAUUUUAGUGAAGCUGCUAGAUUUUGCCUCGUUGAACUUGAUAUUCUUCUAUUCGCGAUUGAAGUUUGCGAGGAGAAUGGACAACGACGCUUAGCAAUCAAUCCUGAUCGAACAUCGAAGUAUUACCGGAUUGCCAAGCGAACACGAGGAUUCUUUCUAGCCGGAAGUUCAGAAGAAGCAUCAAGAGCUCGAUACUACUGUCAUCAUUGUCAUCAUAAAGAGAAACCGGAAGCUAUUCAUAAAUGUGUUCACUAUCGUAUCGAAGAUUCAUCGAAUAGUAACAAGUCUCGACGUGAAAUGUCACGGCCUCGAUCGGAAAGUUCGAUAAUUCAACAUCCUCUUCCACCAACUCCUCAAAUGCUAAAAUCAUUCUGUUUUGAUACCACUGGCAUGUUUUACUGGUGUCCAACACAAACAUUAGACCAACAAACGAUUGACAUUCGAGCCAAAUGUGAAUUGACUCAUCAUGUUAUCUGUUGUGUUUUUGCUGAAGAAUCAUCACCAGUCAUUGGCCUACGCAGUUUCGUCAUGCCACUACGUGCAUCAAAUUUCGAUGACAAUGAACUUAAACCAAUUGUAUUUAUUGGAAAUAGUACUUUUCUCAAAAAAGAAUGGAGACACAUAUGCAAUUUUCCCAAAGUGUAUAUAGUUGAUGGUUCACCAAACGAUCGUGCAACAUUACGGGCAGUUAAUAUUCAUUUAUGUGAUAUGUGUGUCAUUUUAUCCUCAUCAGCAUCACAUCAAGAUCAACGCCAGGAUCGAUAUUUAACAGAUAAAGCAGCUAUACUUUGUUCAUUGAAUAUAAAAGCGAUGAGUUUCGAUACAGAAUGUACAACAUCUGAUCGACGUUUUGGAACAUCAAUUCCAUUAAUUACUGAACUGAAAAACGAUACAAAUGUUGUUUUUCUUGACCAAGAUGACGACGAUGAUCCAAACAUUGAUCUCUAUAUGACACAACCAUUUGCAUGUGGAACUUCAUUUGCCAUAAGUGUUCUAGAUUCAUUGAUGAGUGCAACGUAUUUCAAUGAGAAUGCUUUGACUAUUCUACGAGCACUGAUUACGGGUGGUGCAACGCCAGAACUAGAAAAAAUCUUAGCAGAAGGUGCGGGUAUGACACAAGGUUCAAGUUCAAAAGAAGUACUCAACAAUCGAAGACGGCCGCGUGUAGUUCUAUUGCCAGUAGAAUAUCUUAUUACCGAAGAUUCUAAAGAUGCCAAAUCCAAUUCUGUAGUUGUGAUGAAUUCAUUCUGGGACGAGAGUCCAACUUACGGAGAUCUAUUUGUUAAUUUAUUAAUGCAUCGUGAUUGGCUAUGUCUUGGUCUCUAUCGUCUACGAGAUAGUUCGAUAACUGAACCAAUUGUUCAAUCAAACAAACGCGUUGUCAUAUGUAGUCCGCCACGAACAUUGCCUUUAUACAAAACCGAUCUAGUUUAUGUGAUACAACAAUUUCAACCGAAAUACGAUCCAAUACUUAAUACAGACGUAGAUGCAAUCAAAUCAAUGGAUAAUCCUAUUCAUUCUGAUGUUGUAUCUAGACCACUCGAUUCAGGCAUGUCAAGACCGUAUACAAUAGUUACUCGGACAACUCCAAUGGUAGAUGAUAUGGUUAUGAAUAGAUAUUAA